AUCAGCUUAGGGGGAAAAACGAAUUUAUAUUUCGCGAUUCACUCUCGUACCCAAACUCACCAAAUUUUGUAGCCUCCCCAACCCCGUCACCUCGAGCUUUGGAACACUCCAAAUCCGCAAUCAAGACUUUCUACCAACUGACACAUAAAACAAGAAUAUCCAUUAUCCAAAAAUGGCUGUUGCAACGAGUGACGCGCAGCUUUUCGAGGGUGUCUUCAAGGUCACCGAGGUCAACCAGCAAAAGUACGACCGCGUGGCGCGCAUAUGGGCACGUUCCGAUGCAUCGACAGACCUCAUGGACAUGACCCUCGACAUCAACACAGAGCUGUUCCCCAUGUCAGAGGGUGACGUUUUCCGCGUAGUCUUGGCCACGUCUUUGUCGCUCGACGGCAGCAAGGACGACGACAAGGCCGGCUGGCGCGAUGCCACCAAGCUGGGCGGCCCAGCAACCCUGGCCGACAGCUUCGACUAUGUUUGCCACGGCAAAAUAUACAAGUUUGAGGAUUCUGAGGACGGUGACAAUAUCAAGGCGUAUAUCUCCUUCGGUGGGCUUCUUAUGUGCCUCAAUGGCCCCUACAAGAAGCUCACUCCUCUACGGGUGGACUACAUUUACUUGCUCAUCAAAGGAAACAAGGACUAAACCGAGUUCCGCGUAAACAAGCCACGAAACACUCUGUACGAGUAAACCUGUUCGACAUACCAUAUACCCGGUUCGCCAAAUUCAGCGGAUCAUCAAGAGCCCUCCGUCGCCGGAACGCUUGAAAGUUUGAUACGGACUCGCAAUGAUAUUGUUUCUGAGAUGGAUGAGGCUGUUACAUAUGGGAAUCUACUGGAUGACGUGAGGCCUUUUUUCGCCAAGAAACAACCCUGAGUACAAAUCCACCAGGCGCGGUGCCGGUAGUUCCGGGACGCCCGACUGAUCAUAUCAUUGUUCCUGGGUAUAGCAAGUGUCCAUAUGCUUCUUGGAUACUAGUCUGUCAGGUCUGUGGAUAACCUGCCAGCACAAGCUGCCUCAGUUAUCGGCCUGCAGAUGAGGACCAGGGAAGGAUAUCACUCUGUGCAAUCUCCGAUCAAUCUCGUCCAGGUGCGGCUCGUUCUGUUCAGUCAGGAUACCAUGGCGGAUAAAAAAGUCGACCAGGACAGCGGCGCAAUUGGGCUUGAAGCGUCCUGAAGCCAUGUCCUCGCGAAUCUCGUCGACGGUGCACAGGCGGAAGCUCUCCACCUCUCCGUCCUUGGGCUUGGGAACCACACUCCCGUCAGCAGGUAGCUCUAAAUCAUACACCCACUGGCACUCGGGGUACACAUAACCAGCCUCGCCCGUCCGAUCGUCCGUGAUGUAGAUGUACGUAAUGGUGCCCACCGACUGUGCGCCCUGGCGGACCACGGACUCGGGCAGCGAAGCCUCCUCGUCGGCCUCCCGCACAAUGCACUCGAAAGGAUCCUCGCCUGUCAUAAGGCCGCCAGCCACGGUGUUGUCCAGCAUGCCGGGGAAUGAGGACUUGUCCGCGGCGCGCUUGGGGACCCAAAUCUUGAUGCCAUGUCUGGAGUCUGGUGCCUUGACGUAGCCGGUCAUGUGGACCCCGAAACGCAUCGCACCCAACAGGCUCAGGGACACUCGCUCCAUGCUGUAGAGCAGCUUGCCGUCGUCGCCGUAGACUGGCCACAGCUCAUUGCGCCAGCCCUUGAGGAUGGGGAAGACUUGAUGGUCCCGGAGGUACAGUGACACGGCGUGAACUCUAGGGGUGCGCUCCUCGGGCGUAGUUCCGAAGUCCUGGAAGAGCGAGACGGUGCCUUUUGACUCGUCGACCUUCACCUCGCCCAGGAUCUCUUUGGGAACCUUCUCAAUGAUCUUGUGGCACACAUCCCGUCGCAUGUAGCCAAGUGGCGUCUCGUGCUUUGUUCCAGCGUCAUCGUUCCUCCAGACGACAGUAUAGUACUGCUUCAUAUAUUUGGCAUAGUCUUCAGGGUUGAUCUGGGGAUGGGGGAAGCUGUUUUCCGAGAUGUUUGUAGAUGUGUUUUUGUUUUUUCUACGUUAACCCUAUUCCCGACCUGCCCAGAUUGCAAACCAGACUUACGCAUCGACAGCCCUGAGAUGAUCUACAUUCUCAAGUCGUUGUGACGACAUCUUGAACCGGUAGGGGUGAGGCUUAGGCAAAUAGAGUGAGAAGUAAAAUAGGGAAAAUGAUUUGCACAGUUUGCGAGAUUCCUUUGCUUUUC